UUAAUUGUGGCUAUAGCCGCCUCGAUCGCUGUCUCCCAGCCUCGUCGCGGCCGCUCCGGGACGCGCCCGCCCGUCGCCCGGCUCUCCCCCCCUUCGGGCUGCCGCUGCUGCUGCUGUGACUGCUGCGGCGCGAGGAGGAGGAGGAGGCGGCGGGGGAGGGGGAGGCCGGGCGCGGAGCAGAGCGGGGCGCUGCACCCCGGGCGGCGGGCGGCUUCUGCCUCCAGCCUUCCUCCUUCCUUCCUCUCUCUGCCCUCUCUCCUCUCUCUCUCUCUGUCUCUCUCUCUCUAAUUUUUGAGGGGUGACUGCAGCUCUUGCUACAUGCCUUGCCCGCGCCGGAGGAGCCUGCGGUCCAACUGCGCUGCUGCCCGAGCGCUCGGUGCCGCCGCCGCCGCCGCCGCCGCCGCCGCUGCCGCCGCCGCCCGUGCCCCCCGCGCCCGGCUCCGGAGCCUGCGCUCGCCCGCCGCGCCGCUGCCCGGCUCCCGCGCCGCCGCCGCCGCCGCCCCCCGACGCCUGGGUGAUGCUGGACAUGGGAGAUAGGAAAGAGGUGAAAAUGAUCCCCAAGUCCUCGUUCAGCAUCAACAGCCUGGUUCCCGAGGCCGUCCAGAACGACACCCACCACGCGAGCCACGGCCACCACAACAGCCACCACCCCCAGCACCACCACCACCACCACCACCACCACCACCCGCCGCCGCCCGCGCCGCAGCCGCCGCCGCCGCCCGCGCCGCAGCAGCCGCCGCCCCCGGCCCCGCAGCCCCCGCAGGCGCGCGGCGCCCCGGCCGCCGACGACGACAAGGGCCCGCAGCAGCUCCUGCUCCCGCCGCCCGCCGCCCUGGACGGCGCCAAGGCUGACGCGCUCGGGGCCAAGGGCGAGCCGGGGGGCGGGCCGGCCGAGCUGGCGCCCGUCGGGCCGGACGAGAAGGAGAAGGGCGCGGGCGCCGGGGGGGAGGAGAAGAAGGGGGCGGGCGAGGGCGGCAAGGACGGGGAGGGGGGCAAGGAGGGCGACAAGAAGAACGGCAAGUACGAGAAGCCGCCCUUCAGCUACAACGCGCUCAUCAUGAUGGCCAUCCGCCAGAGCCCCGAGAAGCGCCUGACGCUCAACGGCAUCUACGAGUUCAUCAUGAAGAACUUCCCCUACUACCGCGAGAACAAGCAGGGCUGGCAGAACUCCAUCCGCCACAACCUGUCCCUCAACAAGUGCUUCGUCAAGGUGCCGCGCCACUACGACGACCCGGGCAAGGGCAACUACUGGAUGCUCGACCCGUCGAGCGACGACGUGUUCAUCGGCGGCACCACGGGCAAGCUGCGGCGCCGCUCCACCACGUCGCGGGCCAAGCUGGCCUUCAAGCGCGGCGCGCGCCUCACCUCCACCGGCCUCACCUUCAUGGACCGCGCCGGCUCCCUCUACUGGCCCAUGUCGCCCUUCCUGUCCCUGCACCACCCCCGCGCCAGCAGCACUUUGAGCUACAACGGCACCACGUCGGCCUACCCCAGCCACCCCAUGCCCUACAGCUCCGUGUUGACUCAGAACUCGCUGGGCAACAACCACUCCUUCUCCACCGCCAACGGGCUGAGCGUGGACCGCCUGGUCAACGGCGAGAUCCCCUACGCCACGCACCACCUCACGGCCGCUGCGCUCGCCGCCUCGGUGCCCUGCGGCCUGUCGGUGCCCUGCUCCGGGACCUACUCCCUCAACCCCUGCUCCGUCAACCUGCUGGCGGGCCAGACCAGUUACUUUUUCCCCCACGUCCCACACCCGUCCAUGACCUCGCAGACCAGCACGUCCAUGAGCGCCCGGGCCGCGUCCUCCUCCACGUCGCCGCAGGCCCCGUCGACCCUGCCCUGUGAGUCCUUAAGACCCUCUUUGCCAAGUUUUACGACAGGACUGUCCGGGGGACUGUCUGAUUAUUUCACACAUCAAAAUCAGGGGUCUUCCUCCAACCCUUUAAUACAUUAACAUACCGGAGGCCAGACUGUAAGUGGACGUUUUACACACAUUUGCAUUGUAAAUGAUAAUUAAAAAAAUAAGUCCAGGUAUUUUUUAUUAAGCCCUCCCCCCCCAUUUCUGUACGUUUGUUCAGUCUUUAGGGUUGUUUACUAUUCUAACAAGGUGUGGAGUGUCAGCGAGGUGCAAUGUGGGAGAAUACAUUGUAGAAUAUAAGGUUUGGACGUCAAAUUAUAGUAGAAUGUGUAUCUAAAUAGUGACUGCUUUGCCAUUUCAUUCAAACCUGAGGAGUCUAUCUCAAAAGGCUGCCAGAUGUCCGUGUGUGCAGUAUUAUAAGUUAUCAUGGAGCUCUCUGGUGGACGCAGGCCUUGACAACAACCUAAAUUAUGAAGAGAGUUUUAAAAUGUUAAACUGUAAUUUGUAUUUAAGAAUUUGUAGUAAAGGUGCCCAAGAAAUUAUAUCGGCCAUUUAUUGUUUUGUCCUUUUCUUUAAAGAACUGUCUUUUCCUUUUGUUUACUUUUAGACCAAAGAUUGGAUUUUAGCAAAUGCACUUGGUAUACUAAGUAUUAAAACAAGCAAACAGACAAACAAAAACAAUAAAAAAGGGAAGUUGUUUAGUUGGCAACACUGCCCGUUCAAUUGAAUCGGAAGGGGACAAAAUUAAGGAUUGCCUUCAGUUUGUGUUGUGUAUAUUUCGAUGUAUGUGGUCACUAACAGGUCACUUUUAUUUUUUCUAAAUGUAGUGAAAUGUUAAUACCUAUUGUACUUAUAGGUAAACCUUGCAAAUAUGUAACCUGUGUUGCGCAAAUGCCGCAUCAAUUUGAGUGAUUGUUAAUGUUGUCUUCAAAUUUCUUGAUUGUGAUACUGUGGUCAUAUGCCCGUGUUUGUCACUUACAAAAAUGUUUACUAUGAACACACAGAAAUAAAAAAAUAGGCUAAAUUCA